AAGAGAAGAGGAGAGACAGAGGAGGGAAGAAGAGAGGAGAAGAGAAGAGGAGAGACAAAAACUGGAUCAAAGACUGCAAGAAUCUCAGCAACGAGCCAAAGAGCAGCAUGAGAAACAGAGCAGCAACAUUUCAGAAGUACAUGAGUCCAAGCGAGAUGUUCAGAUGUGGCAUCUGAAUGAGUUUAAGGCUAAGUGUGAAUCCGGCAGGGAUGAGCUUCUAGAAAUCCUCUCUAAGAAAUGCAGAACCGCAGUUCCAGAUCUCCGUCUGACUCAGCUGACAGCAGAUCAGCAACAGGAGAUCCUGUCAGUCCUGGACAAACUUCUGUUUGAUGAAUGGAUCAGUGCUCCCCCAUCCCUCAGCACUCUGGAGCACACUCAGGUGUUCAUCACAGAGCUGUGUGCCCUGUCUCUGGAGAUCCCAGAGGGAGUUCCCCUACAAAGCAUCUCCAAUCAGGUGCAGUCCCUGGUGGACUCCAUCAGCCAAUCAGCAUGUGAUGCUUUUGAGAGUCUCCUGCUGACUCAAGCCCUGUACCUGAACCUGAUGCACUUUUUCACUGACUAUAGCAGCUCUGAUACUGACGCAGUCCUCAUUACCAAACAAUGGGCUGGAGAUAAGCUUUCCACUGAGAACCUCUUUCUUAUCGAAUUCCUGAGCACCCUCACAUCGUCACUGCAGAAUGUAGUGGGAAGAGCAUCUGUGUUCAUUUUAAAGAUGGAAAUCCAGUGCUUGAAGCUUCUCUUAUCCACACUCACACAACUGAACGGUAAAGAAACCCACUCAGAAUCCACUGAGAUGCUCCUCAGACUUGUGCAAACAAACCAAUGGACCCCAGCGGAGGCAGUGACUCUGUUGAAAGCACUGUCACAGAAACAUGCAGAGGAUGUUUCAAUAACUGAAGUCCUUAAAUUGCUGCAAGCGUAUGAGAUAUCACCAGAGUGGACGGGUGAAUCCGGACAAUCUCUCGUCCAGGCUCUGGAGUUUGCUGACCCUAAGAGAUUCCUUCAGGAUUUCCAAAAGACUCUCAGAAGGAAAGAUGAGAGCAAUCUACCUGCAGCUCUAGCAGAAGUAAAAAUGUUAUGGAAUUUGGAUGAUUCUGUGAUUGAUAUGAUAAAAAACAUUACCACUGGCGUCUUGCAGUACGCAGAAAAUGCACCAAAAGAUGCACCAUAUGUUAAAGAUUCCUUUACACGUGAUCCCUUGAAUGCAGACGACCUACAGAAGUCUCUGUCCCAGCUCUGCAAAGCAGUAUUUGACACCAAAGGCUGGUGGCCCACAGUGAGGCAGAUGCUGCGGUGGUGUGCGUUGGUGCUGACUGAGAAGAGUGGAGAGCUACAACUGGUUGGUGUGGAAGAAGACCCAUGUGUCACAGCCAUGUUUGCAGCCACACAAGUCUGCAUGGGAAACAAACUGGACAUUGUGCUGAGCGCUGAUGUUCAGUCAGAGGAGCGAACUAAGGAGUGGUCUGACUUCUACAAGCAUCUUGGAAUCUCUCUCAACACAAACAUGAAGAAAACAAAUGCAUCAUACAGGAAGGUCUAUGAAGCAGACAUUGUGUACGGUACCAUUGGUCACUUUGUCUCUGAUUACUUUCAGUACGGCAUAGAGGGGAUGGGAACAGGGAACCCUCUGCUUAGUCGUGGAUUUAUCAUUGAACAACAAAGACUCAGUUCUUCCCAUAAUCUUGAACUUUCCAGGCUCAAGGACAAUGAUUCCCUGAUGUUCGCUACAGAGCUCCUGCAAAGCCUUAUGGGUAAAUUUAAGAGUAAGGAUAUGGAACUGAGACACGUGUUUACUAAGGCUCUUUUUCAGGUGCUCCACACCAACCUAAACAAUGACACAAACACUGGCAAUAAAAUCAUCACCAUCUCACAGAAAGUUACUGGAAAGGAACUUCUUUCUAAUGAGGUUUUUGUUCUGACCUUUCUUGAGAAUCUCCUGAGAGUGGUUACUAGAGAAACAGAAGCUAAGAAAAACAGGACAUCUCCUGCAGCCAAAUGGUGUUUGGAGAUUUUAUUUGACUGUUCCAAGUUCAAAGAAUCAAAAGCACAAACCAACGAACUCUUGCAGAUGGUUUCAAACCUUAGAUUUUGGUCCCCUGUAGAGGCCUUAAACCUCCUUGGAGCAUUAACUGACCACCAUCAUGAUGAAGACUGCGUUUCCAUGAUGAAGAUCUUGCACUUGAUGGCAACAUAUCAGGUGUCUUCCACAUGGACAGAUGAGAACCACCAAUCUCUCCUUAAACUCUUAGAGUCAAAAAGAACUGAGAAUCUGAUCCAACAUUUAGAAAAGAGUCUGAGAGAUGAGAAAACAAAAACUCUUGACACUCUGUUUGAUGAAAUACGGCAGAUGAAAGAGAUCGAUGAACAAACACUGAGUAAAUCAUACAGUGUAGUAACUCAUGUAACAAACCUGAUCAAAACCGGUAAAAUUAAAAACCACACAGAUGUACAGCGAGCUAGGAAUCUGAGUCACAGCACGGACACAGAAGACCUUCAGGAGUUCCUGGCAGUCUUAUGCAAUGCUGUAAACCUGUGCCAGGCUGGAAGGAAGUGGUGGCCCAGAGCCACCCAAAUGAUCAGCUGGUGCCUCUUGGCCUUGUCUGACACUGGGAUUCUCCUAGAGAUGGGCACUGGAGAAGGGAAGUCUUGUGUCAUAGCAAUGUUCGCAGUACUGCGUGCUCUUAGGGGUGAAAAAGUAGAUGUGGUGUCCAGCUCUUCAGUGUUAUGUCAAAGAGAUGCAGAAGAAUGGACCAACUUCUACAAGUUCUUUGGCCUGACAGCUGACACAAACACAAAUAAAACCCAAGAUAAAGAUAGAAAAGAAUGCUACCAGAAGGAUGUGGUCUAUGGCACUAUCGAAGCCUUCGCUGCAGAUCACCUUCGCCAGAUAUUUGAGAUGAAGAAUGUGAGGCCUGAUCGCAGCCAUCAGUGCGUCAUCAUCGAUGAAGUGGACUCCCUGUUGCUGGAUCAGGGGGUGCAGCUGACCUACCUGUCCAGCCCCAUGGUCUGCAUGCAGCACCUGAAUAUCAUCCUGGCCAUGAUCUGGGGCCACGUCAGCCAGUAUGGCUUUCUGUCUGCAGGAGACCAGACAUUUGUACGGGGUCCUCCUGCUUCAUUCUACAGGGCCAUCUUUGACUCAAUGGAGACAGAAGAAACUGAAAUUAAUGAUCCAAUGGACAUUUUACGUAUCGCGGAAGAAACCAACACUGUGCCAAGUGGAUUUACAGAGGAUAUCUACAAAAGUGAAGAGGAUAAACAAACAAUAAAUAAACUUCUGAGGAAACUGAAAACUGUGAGUCAGGAUGCUGUGGUAGAUUUUUUCCAAGAAAUUGAAGACUAUGUCCCUUAUGGUUUCACUGUUUACACUUUAGACGACAAGGGAUUGCUCAGUCUUAGAAAGCGGAGCCCGUACAACAACCAGGACAUUCCUGAGCUUAAAUUUCUUGUCUUGGAGGAAGGCUUGUGUUGUGCUCUCUAUGAUUCAGAAGAUAUUCUCAUCAAGCCCAUUGCAGAAUUAAUCUUAGAGAAGAUUCAGUACACCCCAUGUACAAACAAUGAAGGCAAAAUCAGCAUUCCUGGAUUCUUGAAGAAUCUGGUGGAGAAGAAAGUGUCAGUGUGGGUUCAGAAUGCCUUUCUGGCAAUGCUACUGAAGGAAGGACAGGAAUAUGUUGUAGAAACUGACAACAUCUGUCCAGUGGAUUUCAGGUCAACUGGUAUAACAGAACUGAAUAAGAAAUGGGGGGAUGGUCUGCAGCAGUUUGUUGAGAUUAAACACCAAAUCAAACUGAGCACAAUUUCAACAGUGACAAACUACGUGUCUAACAUCUCCUUUUUUGAAAAGUACCAUGGGAAAAUAUUUGGAACAACAGGGACACUUGGGAGCAAAGCAGACAUUCUGUUUUUACGGGAACUAUAUCCAAAUCUCUCUGCCUGCAAAAUACCAACAUUCAACAGGAAGAAGUUAUUUGAGGUCAGUGGUACUCUGAAGACCUCAGCUGAAGAGUGGAAAUCUGAAAUAAAGCGUGUGGUUAUGGCUCAGAUUUCCCCAAAGUCAUACAGAGAUGGAAGAGCAGCCCUGGUGAUCUGUGAAACUAUCAACAACGCCAAAGAGAUCUACGAAGAUCUGAAAAGCAGCAUCCCGGGUGAGAUCAUUCUCUAUUGCCGCAGCGACAAAGACAGUUUGAGGAAAAUUGAAAAGGAACUGCGACCUGGUGAUGUCAUUGUUGCCACAAACCUUGCCGGACGUGGCACAGACAUAAAAGUAUCCAAACAGGUGAACAACAAUGGAGGAUUAUUUGUGAUCCUCUCCUUCCUCUCUGAGAACACAAGAGUGGAACUCCAGGCUUUUGGUCGAACUGCUCGCAAAGGUGAUCCUGGAUCUGCUCAAAUAAUCGCGUCCACUGAACACCAGUCUUUCAAGACAGUGUCUUCUCUGGAGGAAGCUAAGAGCACGAGGGAUAGACUUGCAGCAGAAAAUAUAAAUCACAUGAUGAACGAGGUCAGUGAGUUGAAACUGCGAGAGGACCUGUUUUCAGAGUACUGCAAAACUCUUGAAGAUGUUUAUAAUAAGACAGAUGGAGAUGAAAAAAGAGCUGUUGUUGCCAUCAUGAAUGAGUUCUGGGGGAUAUGGUUACAAACUAAAUCUGAAGAAAUUGACCAGUUGAAGAGAAAUGAAUUGCAAACUAGCUUGAAAGCUGAUUUGUCAAUGGCACAAAGUCAGUCUCAAAGUAGACUUCACCGUGUUCUAGCAUUUAUCACUACAUCACAUUUGGAAAUGUCGCGCUGAGUCAAAAACAAUGGGACGUCAGUGCCAGGCUAUUUGAGAAAGCCAUGAAUCAAGAUGAAAGCUGGGCAUCCAUAGCUUUUUACAGUCAUGCGUACUGCACU